AAUACACACACAAAAAAAAAAGAAAAAAAAAAAGAUGCCUACAGCUAUUUCAACAGAACACCCAUUAAUGCUUAGACCUUCUUUCAGCACAAAUACGCCUACGCAGAUGACCAGCGUAAAGUUAGCGACAGCCAUCACGAAAGCAACCGUGAUAUCCUUUGAAAGGCUUGCGGAUCAAAAGAUCUGGUACACGAUUCGCGUUGAGCCCAAUGCUAGCAAGAAAUAUUUUAUCUCUAGAAAAUAUGAAGAUUUUAUUCAAUUCUCUCAAAAGUUACAUGACAGAUUCAACACUACCAAAUAUCGUGCGGGUUCACGUUUACCUCCCAAAAUUAAAAGUCGACUAUUGUCAUUACCCAACAAGCAAAUUCAUUCACAGCGUGUACAAGAGCUCAAUCAAUUUCUGACGCUCUUACUUCAAAAGCCAUCUAUUGUGACCGAAUCUUUUCUUGUUCACGACUUCUUUGGAGCGGAUGAUACGGCUGAAGAUGUGUUUGUCAAGAAAGAGUAUGCGGCAGUAGAUUAUGUGAUUGAUCAAGAUAGCAUGCAACCAGAAGCGACCAGCUCGUCAAGAUGGAAACGUCUUCGGUGCACGUCUUUUUUAGCAAGUCGAUCUCCCCCUUCCUCCGGUUUAUCCUCUUUAUGUAGUCAAGCUGCCAACAAAAUCAUUCCUUCGUGGCACCGCAAUAACACUACUGCACCUCAGCCUUCCGUCUCAACCCCUGCAAUCAGCAGCAGCAGCAGCAGCAAAACCAAUACUAUAAUGACAGGUCAACAACAACGUAAACAAGUAUUAAAGAAGAGUCAGUCUAGUCUUGGUAUUGUGGAAGCGCAUCACCCAUUGGACGACAGUGUAGUAACUCCUACCAUCAGUCACCAUGACACACAUCAAUUAAAAAGCACGAUUAAAAUCAAGGUGAUUUACGAUGCUGACAAUAUCAUUGUGAUUCAGGUUCCUAGAUCGAUUUCACUGGUGGAUUUACGGUCUAGAAUUGCACAAAAAUUUUCCGACCCAAGUAUGGGAGCUAUCCAGGUUGCCAAGGACCUGAUUUUAUUAUUUAAUGAUAACAGCAGUAGCUGUUGCAGUCUGGUUUCUUCGCCAUUAAAAAAUGAUAUUAUGUUACCAGCUGUAUUGAUCAAUAAGGAACAAGAUUUAGUACAAAUUAUGCAUACCAAAUGGAAUAGGCUUGAAAAAGUUACUUUACGCUGCAUCAUGUAACUCUCCUUAAAAAGAAAACUCUCACACUCAUUCACACACACACUCCUUUUUGUUCAUAUUUCGUGUAUAUAAAACUUUUUUCUCAUGAUACCCCCUUCUCUCUCACUAACUUUUUUUGAUAAAAUAAAACAAUAAAAAUAAAAAUAAAAA